AUGGGGGAGGGUUUCUGGACCUUAUUCUGCAGUAAUGAAUGCUGUUCUGGCUUUUCAGCCAUUAUCAAUCCAGAUUCAUGUGUCAACAAUAUUUUGGUCAUUGCAGCUGAUAUCUUGCUCCUAUUAAUUUUGUUAUGUAUCUUUAGAAGAUCAUCAACAAAUAUCAUUGCACAAUCAGAGUCUCACACCUUUUCAACACUCUCAGUCAUCUCGGUUACUAGUAACGUUGGUCUGGCUUUGGUCUACUUGGGGUUUGGGAUAUGGACAAUCAUUGAGAAAGUAAAUGCAGAUCAGACUGUUUUACCUCCACAUGGAUGGCUAGUAUUAUUUUUUCAAGGGUUCACAUGGUUGCUUCUGGGUUUAACCAUAAGCCUAAAGAAGCCACAACCUCAACAUAUCGCGAGAACAAAAUCUUGUUCAAUUCUUGCUUUCUUGAUUGCCAUUUUUCUUUGCACUUCAUCAAUUUGGGAAGCUAUUGUAGACGAGGCAGUAUCGGUCAAGAAUAUUUUAAACAUUUGUUAUUUCCCUGGAUCCAUCCUUUUGCUCUUUAGUGCAUUUCAGGGAAACAAUUAUGCAAAAGGUGAUCCAGAAACCCGUGAAGAUGCUUUCUACACAGCUUUGCAAGGCCCAGCAUCUGAUAUGGAAGAUGAAAUCAGCUUAAAUGAUAAUGUAACUCCUUUUGAAAAAGCAGGGUUAUUUAGCACACUGUCAUUUUGGUGGUUGAAUCCAUUAAUGAAGAAAGGUAAGCAAAAGAUUCUUGAGAAUGAAGAUAUUCCACUUUUGAGACAGGCUGAUCGAGCUCGAACAUGGUACUUAAUAUUUAUGGAGCAAUUGAACAAAAGGAAGGAAGAAGGUUCAUCUGCCACCUCUUCUAUCUUGUCCAUAAUAUUUUAUUGCCAGAGGAGAGCAAUUCUUAUUUCUGGGUUAUACGCACUGAUCAAGAUUCUCACAACUACAAGCAGUCCACUGUUUCUCAUGGCCUUCAUUAAGAUUGCUGAAGGCAAUGAAGCUUUUAAAUAUGAGGGUUAUGCACUGACUCUUGGUCUCUUCCUCGCGAAAAUCUUGGAGUCACUAUCGGAGAGGCAGUGGUACUUCAAAACUAGACUGAUCGGGCUCCAAGUGAGAUCGUUUGUGUCAGCAGCAAUUUAUCAGAAGCAACUGCGACUCUCGAAUUCUGCCAAGAUGGCUCAUUCUCCUGGUGAGAUAGUGAAUUAUGUAACAGUGGAUGCUUACAGAAUUGGUGAAUUUCCAUACUGGUUUCAUCAGAUGUGGACCACAAGCCUUCAACUAUGCCUUUCAUUACUUAUUGUUUACUUCUUCGUGGGGCUGGCAACUAUUGCAGCUCUAACUGUACUCUUAUUGACUGUGCUGGCAAGCUCCCCACUGGCCAAGUUGCAGCAUGAAUACCAGACCAAGUUCAUGGAAGCACAAGAUAGGAGGCUGAAGGCAAUUACAGAAGCACUUUCAAAUAUGAAGAUCUUGAAGCUGUACUCUUGGGAGACAAAUUUCAAAAAUGUCGUAGAAGAAUUAAGAACAGAAGAAAUUAAAUGGAUAUGUCAAGUAUUGACUCAAAAGGGUUAUUAUAUUGUUAUGUUCUGGUCAUCUCCUAUUCUUGCAGCAGCUGUUACUUUUUGGACAUGCUACUUCCUUGGAUUUACACUGUCUGCUAGUAAUGUUUUCCCAUUUUUAGCAACUUUGCGUAUUGUUCAGGAGCCAAUCAGGCUGAUCCCAGAUGUUUUUGGAGCAUAUGUUGAAGCAAAGGUUUCACUAUCUCGAAUUGUGAAGUUCCUUGAUGCACCAGAGUUGGAAAAUAGACAUACAAGGAAAGAGAGCUGUGGCAAAGAGGUUGAGCAUUCCAUUUUCUUUAGCUCAUCCGAAAUUUCAUGGGAUACUAAUGCGACAAAGGCCACACUAAGGAACAUUAAUUUGGUGGUUAAACCAGGAGAAAAAGUAGCAAUUUGUGGUGAGGUUGGCUCGGGUAAAUCAACCCUUUUAGCUGCAAUUCUUGGAGAAGUUCCACGCAUCAAUGGUAUUGUUCAAGUAUUUGGGAAGAUAGCAUAUGUUUCUCAGUCUGCAUGGAUCCAGACAGGAACUAUACAGGAAAAUAUUAUGUUUGGUUCUGCCAUGGAUCGUGCUAGAUACCAAGAAACACUGGAGAAGUGCUCUUUAGUGGAGGACCUUGAAAUUCUUCCAUUCCACGAUCUCACUCAGAUAGGGGAAAGAGGUGUCAAUCUAAGUGGUGGUCAGAAGCAGCGCAUUCAACUUGCGCGUGCACUUUAUCAAAAUGCUGAUGUCUACCUCUUGGAUGACCCAUUCAGUGCAGUGGAUGCCCAUACGGCAACCAGCCUAUUCCAUGAAUAUGUCAUGGGAGCUCUUGCAGAGAAGACAGUAUUGCUUGUGACACACCAAGUUGAUUUCCUUCCUGCUUUAAAUUCAAUUUUGUUGAUGCAUUCAGGGAAAAUUCUAAGAGCAGCUCCUUACGAAGAGUUGCUGGCUUCUUGUCAAGAGUUCCAAAACCUUGUCAAUGCACAUGAUGACACCGCAUAUUCCCAGAGGCAAGUUGACUAUGCUUCUAUUGGAAGACAUAAAUCAUCCAACAAGGAGAUUGAGAAAGUAAACACUGAAGUACAGCUAAAAGAGUCUUCCAGAGAUCAAUUGAUUAAGCUAGAAGUGAGAGAAACAGGAGACACUGGUUUCAAGCCAUACAUUCAGUACUUGAAGCACAGGAAAGGGUUUUGGCACUUCUCUUUUUUAGUAUUUUCCUUCUCGGUAUUCGUAGCUGGGCAAUUAAGUCAAUUUUAUUGGUUGGCUUUGAAACUUCAGGAUUAUAGCUUAUCCAGAGUCAAACUCUUGGCUGUUUAUUCUGUGAUCAUGUGUAUCAUGGUAUUUGCUUUACUCAUGCGAUCCUUUUCUGUAGUUGAUUUAGGAUGUGGGGCAUCCACAUCCAUUUUUUCUGCACUACUAAACUCUCUUUUCCGAGCGCCAAUGCUGUUUUAUGACUCAACACCCGUGGGAAGGAUACUUAGUCGGGUAUCUUCUGAUAUGAAUAUCAUUGACCUUGAAGUAGCUUUCAAGUUGAUGACAGCUGUUGCGGGAACUCUGAACACAUACAGCAUAUUUAUAGCAUUGGUUUUUCAAACUUGGCCAAUGGUGUUUCUGAUUAUACCCACAAUUUAUAUUACUGUACUUCUUCAGAAAUACUACUUUGCUUCUGCAAAAGAGUUGAUGCGAAUGAAUGGCACAACUAUGUCCACACUAGCAAGCCACCUUUCCGAAUCUAUUGCUGGAGCCAUGACAAUCAGAGCUUUCGGAGAGGAGGAUCAGUUCUUCUCAAAAUACUUAGAUUCUAUUGAUAUAAAUGCUAGUGCUGACUUCAAUAGAUUUUCAGCCAGUGAGUGGUUGAUAGAACGUCUUGAAUGGCUAUGUGCUAUUGUUCUCUCAGCCUCAGCACUUGCCAUCACUUUGAUUCAGUUUGACGCUUCUUCCUCUGGUUUUAUUGGGAUGACACUGUCAUAUGGUCUCUCAUUAAAUGUAUUUCUAGUAAUUUCUGUCCAAUUUCAAUGCAUGCUAGAAAAUUCAAUGAUUUCUGUAGAAAGAGUAGAGCAAUACAUGCACAUUUCCCAUGAGGCUCCAGAAGUAAUAGAAGAAAACAGACCUGCCGACAAUUGGCCUACUGCUGGUAAAAUGGAAAUACAUGAUUUAAAGGUAAGAUAUAGGCCAAAUGCUCCACUAGUUCUUCGUGGGAUAAAUUGCAUAAUUGAAGGAGGGUACAAAAUUGGGAUUGUUGGCCGGACUGGAAGUGGAAAGACAACUCUUAUCAGCGUAUUGUUUCGUCUGGUAGAGCCUACAGAGGGAAGGAUUAUAGUAGAUGACUAUGACAUUUGUAAAAUUGGACUUCAUGAUUUAAGAUCACGUUUUGGGAUCAUCCCACAAGAUCCGACACUAUUCAAUGGGUCUGUCAGAUUCAAUCUAGACCCCUUAUCAGAGCAUACUGAUCAUGAAAUAUGGGAGGUUCUUGAAAAAUGUCAGUUACGAGAGACCAUUCAAGAAAAAGAAGGCGGCCUGGAUUCUUUAGUUGUACAAGAUGGAACAAACUGGAGCAUGGGACAGCGACAACUAUUUUGUUUGGGACGCGCUUUGUUGAAGAGGAGCCGGAUACUAGUGCUCGAUGAAGCCACUGCAUCAAUGGACAAUGCAACAGAUUCUGUUCUUCAGAAAACUAUAAGAACAGAAUUUGCAGACUGCACUGUGAUAACGGUGGCUCAUAGAAUACCAACUGUUAUGGACUGCACUAAGGUGCUUGCUAUUAGUGAUGGGAAACUGGUAGAGUAUGAUGAGCCAAUGAAGCUAAUUAAAAACAAGGGUUCCCUAUUUUGCCAGCUUGUCAAGGAAUACUGGUCUCGAGCUGCCAAUGCCGGUAUCUCCGCAGAAGGUUGAUUGGGAAACGUAUUCAAUAUAUUUGCAAUAAUUUCUGAGGAAAUUUUAGCAAGCAAGGUAGAUUGGGAUUUGGCUGUCUGUUUUAGUACUGGAGAGAGUAAUAUGGUUGCUCAUUCUCUGGCUCGUCAUGCUUUGCAUGAGCGCGACGUCUUAAUUUGGUUAGAGGAGGGUCCGGAAUGGCUUAUGCAAUGUACCAAUGUUGUUUGUGUUUCUUACCUUGAUUUGAAUAAAGUUUCCUAGUUAUUG